UUUUUCUUGCAGGUGCAGCGCGCAGGAAAAACCGGGACCCUUUGCGCACAUCCACCUCCACCUCCACAUCCACAGCGACGGACGCACCGCUGCUGCAAAGCUGCACCGACAAACCCUCCGGAUCAAACACUCUCUCGUUCUCUGCGCCGGACUGUUACCGGACACGUUUGUUGGCAAAGGAUGAAGCGUUUGAUUUAUUCUCCAGGAUGUCCCAGCAGACAUACGCAUCUCCCUCGUUUACUUCUCAGUGAUGUGGACCGGACGGAGUGAAGCUGUCAGGUUUCUUUCAGUCGUCUGAGACGUGCGAUCCCCCCACUGGAUUCAUGACUAUGCCUCGACUUGUCAAAACAUUUUUACAUUCUCUUAGAAACACAGUUUGGUUUUUGGUAAAUCUUGAGAUAAAUGAAAUCUGUGUCGUGAACCUACAAAUGAACAGAUCUUUUCUCAGACUGGACUUCCUGGACUGUAUCUCAUGUCUCUCCGGUGUCUGACGGAACAAAUCCUCACCUGCUACAGUCUCACCGCCCGCUAAUGGGGGCCUCUCAGAGGUGCAGGACAUCUUCACCACCUCCUUCCUGUGCCACUCUCUUCUUUGUGGGAACGUUGCUGCUCCUUUCGAGGAUCAUGACGGCGCGUGCCUGCCCUAAAAUCUGCCACUGCUCGGACAGGAACGGCGUGGUGGUGCAGUGCACCUCGCGCAACCUGGAGAGCAUCCCUCCAAACCUGCCCAAGGACACCGUGGUCCUCCUGCUGUCCUCCAACCGCAUCAGACACAUCCCAAAGGAGGCGUUCACGGACCUCCACCGCCUCCGAGAGCUGGACCUAUCUCACAACGCCCUGGAGGUCGUGGAGGCCGGCGCCUUUCAAGGGCUUUCUGAGGGCAUGCGAACCUUGGAUCUGUCAAACAACCACCUCCGCAGCCUCCCCAGGGACACCUUCACCAAGCUGCACGCGCGAGUCCGCCUCUCCCACAACCCCUGGCACUGCGAGUGCUCCCUGCAGGAGGUGCUGAGGGAGCUGCGCCUCGACCCCGAGACGGUGAACGAGGUGAGCUGCUACACGGCCGUGCAGGAGGAGUACGUGGGACAGCCGGUGAUCCAGGUCCUCGACUCCGGGAUCAACUUUUGCAACUUCCACCACAAGACGACGGACGUGGCCAUGUUUGUGGCCAUGUUCUGCUGGUUCUCCAUGGUGACGGCCUACAUCAUUUACUACAUCAAACACAACCAGGAGGACGCCAGGAGGCACAUGGAGUACCUCAAGUCCCUGCCGAGCACCUCCCACAUCAGCAAGGAUUACGACACGGCGAGCAGCGUGUUUUAGAGCCUGAGACGAAACGGCACCAGUGAAUAUGUUUACAGCUUAAAGGACAUUAAGAGCAGCAGCUGCACAAGGCACAAAGACAUUCAGAGGUUUAAACAUCAUCAUCAUCAGCUUCAAACUAAACCUAAAAAACGGUUUAUACUCCCAGGUUUCACCCAUCUCAGUAGGUUUCUCCUCCCGAAAAUGAAAAUGUGGCACAAUAUUAUUUUUCAUUCAAAUGUGUUUCAGCUGCAGCCAGACUUUACAGAAACUCUUUUGCAUAUGACGGCGCGGUUUCCGCAGCCAAUCCACCCGGCGAGGGGAAGCCGAGAGUCACUUCAGUGUGAAUCUGAGUUCAGUGAAAAGUAGCAAAAAAAAAAAAAAGAAAAGAAAAGAAAUAAUCCCCACAGCUUCACAUGGAAAACAUCCAAGUCUAAAUGAGUUUAAAGUUUUGUGGUGUAUUCCAGAAAAUGAAUCUUGGGGGCAUCUCGGGGAGGAGCGGAAGUGUUAAUCUCUGUCAAAACAAAUGUGUGUUUCUCCUUUAAUAUAAACACUUUGUCUAUGUAAUGAUCCACGAAGGAUGUGGAGACGUGGCUGCAGCGAAGCCGUCCAACUCUCUGCGUCUCACGUUUAAGGUGGAACUGGAGCUUGGAAUUAAAUUUCACACCUGAACACGUUUACGUUUGGCUUCAUAGAUUAAUGACUUUGUCAGUUUGUCAGUGAAAAUAUUAAUUUCCCGUCAAAGAAAAACCUCAGAUACAGAACAGAUUAUAAAUGACACUCACGUAACAUUCGAAAGGCGCCGUAGAAAAGUUCUUCUUCUGCUCUGUUUCCUGUGUGGCUGGUUCGAGUAGGAAACGCUUCCUGUUUGGCCUGACACCUGCAGUUAAUUUGGCCAAAGUGGAGCUUCAUUCACAAGGCUUCACGAGUCAAUUUUCCAUCCAACUGGUUGCACAUUUUAAGCCCAACAUAAAUAUGAUUGGAUUGCCUUAGAACCACUGGAGAUGAUCUAACAAGACGACAGCAUUAUCUCAAAAUGAGAGAAAUAAAAACAACUCAUUUUGA